GCAUAUAGCAGUGCAAGAUAACGACCAGAUGGCCAAAAUGUUUGCGUCAAUGGAACCAAUACGCACAGACACUAUAGUGGCGCCACGUCCGGAAGUGAGCAGCAUACCCAUGGAAGGACCUGCACCAGCAUCUAAUUUUCAUGCGGAUUUGUUGCAGCAAAUGGCAGCCAUGCAGCCUGGUUUCCUUCCAUUGCCUUUACAAGUCCCCCACGACUCUCUCAUGCAAGUACCGGCUGCUCAUGUGGUUGCGUCAAAAGUGCAAAUGGAAGUACCGACAUCGGCACGCCUGACGACUGAAGGUACACCUGAAGUAGCUACCGCUUCGACUGCGUCGAAACGAACGAUCGAGCUACAGCAAGCUCCCGUUACUCAAGGACCGUUCGUGGCCACAAUAGCAACGUCUUCGGUGCCAUCUGUGGGUGCUUUGUUAUCGGAAACAGCUAGCCAAGGUGUGUGUGUUUUAUGUGGGCGUAGGGGGGAGCAUUCACAUACGCAGCCGGAAUCGACUAAGAAACCUGCGUGUGGUAUUUGUUCGCCACAGCCAACAAAACCGCUACAACCGCUACAACCGCCACAAACAAGCGAAUUACCAGCGGUGCCGCCGUUAAAGGGACCGAGUGGAAAGUCUACAAAAACAGAGAAUUCGCUGGUGGUACUUGUUCCACCAGUUCACCAAUCAGUUGAAUUAGAUGUCCCAAAAGAUGGCACACCUGUUGAGAGUCCCGGAGACAAAGNCCCCGCCAAUCGAAACAGAA